AUGGUACUUCUUGGAAGUAUUUUUGAUAUGUUUUGUAUAAUGGAAUGUUGUUCAAAUCAUUGGAUAAAGAAUGAUAUCAACGAACUCGAUUUACGCUUGAAAAACCAAUUGAUAGGUCAACCACUUGCUUAUGAUCUCAUAUUGAGAUCGAUUAAGUCACAUACGUCUAAUCUGAAUCCAUCCAAAUCUCUUGUUCUUUCUUUACAUGGUGGAACUGGUACAGGGAAAAAUUUUGUUGCAAAACACAUUGUCGAAAGUCUCUAUCGCGAAGGAUACAAAAGUAAAUAUGUGCGACUGUAUGUGGUUUCUCGUGACUUCAUGCAUCAUGAUACAGUACACAUUAGUCAAUACAAGGAUCAUUUAACGGAAGAUAUUGAAAAAAUAGCGAGUAAAUGUCCACAAGCGACAUUUGUCUUCGAUGAAAUCGAUCAAAUGCCAAAACAAUUAUUAGAUGUUAUUCUCUAUUAUAUUGAUUUUCAUACGCCAACCGCUUCGCGAUCAACAGAUUAUCGUAAGACGAUUUUUAUCUUCUUAAGUAAUACUGGUGCAAAAUCAAUUAAUAACUUAGCUGAGAAAAAUUAUCGUUCAUCAAUAAGACGUGAAAAUUUUAAUAUUCUUGAAUUUCAACAAGCUCUUUCAAAUGCAUCGUCCAACGAAGAAGGUGGAUUACAGUCUGCAUCAUUAAUUGAUCGACAUUUAGUGACAUUUUUUGUUCCAUUUCUUCCACUUAAACGCGAACAUAUUCGCGUUUGUAUAAAUCAGCAAUUGGCAAUCAUCCUUGAACAUGACGAAUACGAGUACGAAGUGUCUGUAGAUGACAUUAUCAAUAAUGUGAUAAAUCUAAUUGAAUUUACGCGAGCAUCAUCCUCGUCGCUAGAAUAUUCUUUGUCAGGCUGCAAAAAAGUUCAACAAAAACUUCAUUAUAUUUUUGAAACUAUGCAGCCAACAUUAAAAAAAACCAAGAAGAAAUUAUACGAUAGUGAUGAUUUGUUGUAA